AUGGGUUGCGGAAAUGUGAAAACGGCAACCGUACAGCUGGAACUUAAUCCACUGAUAAUCAGAAAUGUAAAAGAAACUUGGCCGGAAAUUAAAAAAAUUGACGAUAUCGGAGCGAAAACAUUCGCACAUUUGUUGUUUAAACAUCCUGAGCUUAAAUCAGCCUACAAUGUGCCUGAAGCAUUUAAAACUGAAGCAGAAUUAUUCACAUCUAAUGAAGUUACUGAUGCAGGCAAAAAAUUCAUAUCAUCAUAUUCAGAGAUCAUUAAAGGUUGUGAUGACAAACAAAAACUAGUAUCAAUAUUACAAUCGAAAGCAGAUGAAUUUAGGCAAUUAGGCGUUAAAAGUGAUCAAGUUAAAGUAAGUUGACUGUUUGUAACGAAUUUCACUAAUUGGAAUAACAGUAAAUGCUCUUCUGAGGUGUAAAAACAUUCUAAGCUUUUUCACAACGGACUCUACUAAUGACUGCCACUGAUCCACUUACAACUACAGUUUUCUACUCGCCACAACAUUUAUAGACUGUUUGUGGAUGUUUUCCAGAACCCUAAGCUAAAAUCAAGUUAGCUCAACUCUUCUAUUUCUUCAAUCCUUAAAAUUUAUGAAACUUUGCGGCUUGUCUAGCUAACGACCUCCAUUUUUUGCUCUUUUUCAAAAAGUUAGUGCAAUAAAGCCACAAACUAAUCUAAAAUGGUAACUAGAUAAGUAAGU